UAAGAGAAUCCGUGACCCUACUAUCGCGGCCACAUGACAGCGGUCUGACUCGCUCCCGCUGCACUCCACCGUGUUCGCGUCGCUGCGACAGACGUUUGCUGUUCGUCGUCGUCGUCGUCGUCGUCUGCGUCCUCGUAUUCGUCGUCGUCGCCGCCAAAAAGUGUUCGACUUAAAAUAUCUUUAAUUUUUUUUACACAUUUAUCGCCGAAUUUCACUGGUCUAUUCUGUAUACAGUUUACUAUCGCGAUCGUGCGCUAAGCACGCAUCACGUGUCGCUGUGACGAUGUUAAGUGCCGCCACAAAAUGGGUGACCACGACACCGUCGUCGUCGGAACCCAAGACCGAAAUGGGACCCCCUUCGAGCCGGGGCACGGUGCUCAGAGUGCACGAGUCGUUUCUGAGAUCACUCAAACGCCGGUCGCUCCGGGUGAAGAGGUCUAAAUCGUUGGUAAUCGCUGAGAAACGGAAAUCAGAUUCGUUUGUAAACAGUCAAGAAUGGACGUUGUCCCGAUCAGUUCCGGACUUGCGCCUGGGCAUUGUUGGUUCACUUUCGUCCGGCAAAUCGGCGCUGGUUCACAGGUACCUGACCGGAUCGUACAUGCAAGAAGAGAGUCCAGAAGGAGGUCGAUUCAAGAAAGAGAUAUCCGUGGACGGCCACAGUCACCUGUUGUUGAUCAGAGAUGAGGGUGGUUCUCCAGAGUCACAGUUUACCGCCUGGGUGGACGCUGUUAUAUUCGUGUUCAGCCUGGAGAACGAAGCGAGCUUCAACGCCGUGUACGGGUACUACACGAAAAUGGCACACUACCGAAACUCGGCCGAAAUACCGCUCAUCUUGGUCGGCACACAGGACGCCAUUAGUGAAACGAACCCUCGAGUAAUAGACGACACAAGAGCCAGGAAGUUGGCGGCGGACCUGAAGAGAUGUUCGUAUUAUGAAACGUGUGCCACGUACGGUUUAAACGUAGACCGGGUGUUUCAAGACGCUUGCCAAAAGAUCAUCCAGCAGAGGCUGUCGGCAUCUACCAACUGUCUCUCGGACUCUCGGUGCUCGACGCCUGCCUCAUCUUCGACCACUACCCCGGUUGGUGGUUUGCAGUCUGCAUCGUACGCAGGUAACCAACACCAACACCACCAACUCUACCAACACAUGCAAUCUCCAGCCAGCGGUUCGAGGACGUUCUCACAAACCUCAUCGCCGUCGCCUCCUGUACACGGUGCCGGUGGCGCGUCACCCUCUCACCACGGUAGUAGUGGCGUAGUCAACGCAUUCAAAGAGUCGAUGCUCCGGUCGAACUUGUCGACGCUGAACCGACAACCGCUAGAGCUGUCCAUAGCUCUGGACAACAACAAUGUAUCGACGAAAACCGCGUUCGACGGUGGUGGAGUAAGCGGUGGCGCCGGUGGAGGCAUUGGCUCUACUAUCGGGCUGUCGGUGCCCUGCAAGGAUUUACCUACACCCAGUUCCACGCCCACCACUACCAGGAAGACCCGGAGACGUUCCAACCUGUUCAACCCGUCCAAGAAGGAUGACAAGAAUCGGUGCCUGGCCACCGGUGAGCUGGGUAGCGGCCGAGCUAUUCCUCUCAAGCAGGGUUACUUAUACAAGCGCAGCAGCAAAGGUCUCAACAAAGAGUGGAAGAAGAAAUACGUCACUCUUUGCGACGACGGGCGGCUGACGUACCAUCCGAGUCUGCACGACUAUAUGGAAGACGUACACGGCAAAGAGAUAUCGCUCCAGUACGUCACAGUCAAGGUGCCCGGUCAAAAACCCAGGGGCUCGAAGACCAUCAUGUCGCUUUCGUCAUCGUCGACGUCGGCCAACCACCAUCACCACCACAGCAGCAGCAACGGCAUAUCCGAACAUAUGUCGAACAUAUCGAUAUCGAAUUUCCAGUUGAAAGACAAACGGACGACGGAGAAAGUGAUGCUCACCGCAUUUGAACAACUGAAAGAGCCGAGCUAUAAGAACGGCGUUUCAGCUAAUGGUGAUGAAUCGACAAUAAGCAUGUCGAAUACUUCGUUGUCGGCGAACAACGGCGAUCUCAAAGCAGAAACACCCAACGUGAAAAAGAGACACAGGCGGAUGAAGAGCAGUAACAUAAAGAACCAAGAGUGCGAAGAUACCGAUGGAUACGAAUUCCUAAUCGUGUCGUUGGACAACAAACAGUGGCAGUUCGAAGCUAAUAGCUCAGAAGACCGAGACGAAUGGGUGGCCGCUAUUGAACAACAGAUUCUCAACUCGUUACAAAGCAAUGAGAUCAACAAAGUAAAUGUCGGCGGUAAAUUCGGAUCGUCCUAUAAUCGAGCGGAAGACGUGCAGAACAUCCGGACGCGAGUGCCUGGAAACGGUCAAUGUGCUGAUUGCAAUUCCCCGAAUCCCGAUUGGGCCAGUUUGAAUCUGGGAAUACUCAUGUGCAUCGAGUGUUCCGGCGUACACCGCAACCUGGGCUCGCACAUAUCCAAAGUCCGGUCGCUCGACUUAGAUGGAUGGCCACCUUCCCACCUCAAAGUAAUGAUGGCGAUGGGCAACGAUCUAGCCAAUUCUGUAUGGGAAUCCAAUGUCCGUCCUGAUCGAACCAAACCCAAUCCUGGUUCGAGUCGGGAGGAGAAAGAACUGUGGAUACGUAGCAAGUACGAGACCAAAGAGUUCCUACCGGCGAUAAGCCAAACUCCUAAUUUAUCACAGCAACUCAUCGACGCCGUGUACAGGUGUGACAUGAAAGCCCUCACGCUGAUACUGGCCCACGCCAGCGCUGACCAAGUGAAUUGUGUUGUCAGCCACCGAGACUUGCGCACGCCCUUACACCUAGCCUGCUCUGCAAUCAACCUUCCCGUAGCACAGCUACUCCUAUGGUACAAAGCAAAUGCCAAAGCCGUGGACCACGAGGGCCGGACGUGCCUGCAACACGUGAGGGCGGCUUGCCGGAGCGCCACCGGUGCCACGUCCGUCCAAGACGUCGGUCCCCUGACGGACCUGCUCGUGCAAAACGGCUGCCCCGAGAACGGCACCAGCACGCUGACCAGACCGUUGGACAUACUCCCGUCCAGCGUCAUCUGAUGAUCGACUCAACACAUCGCCGGCGGCACACUAGUUAUUGCGCGUCGGCCGAGGAGAAGGAGACGACGGUCCGUUUGGCGUGCGCGC